CUCAAACAAUGCCAUGACCCCACCGUCUUUUCAAUCACAUCUUCUCCAACACCUCUCUCACAGUCUCACCUCUGUCCGCCUCCAAACCCUUCUUUACUCAUAAGAUAUGAACUCCAAUACUAAAAUCAUCCAAACAACAACAACUAAAUCCUGCAACACUUCUCUCAACAAUGUCUCCACUGAUUACUACCAUUCCUCUACUCCUCUUCUUCUCCCUGCCUUGUUUUCUCUCUACCACUACUAAUGUCCAUCCUAAAAAACAGAACCCAAAGAUCAACAACAAUACUCUUCAAACAAACAUGGAUCCAUUUGAACAAGACACCUUGUUUAAAAUCAUGGAAUCCAUGUCUUCCGCUAGGAAUUGGAGAGUUUCUAAUCCUAAUCCAUGCAAACCGGGUGCUUCAUGGCCUGGUUUAGAAUGCAAAACUAAUAACAAAGAUGCUCAUUAUCAUGUUAUUAGACUUGAUUUUGGUUCUCCACCCAAUCCAACUUGCAAAAAAACAGCUACAUUUCCUUCUCAGAUAUUCAACCUUCCUUACCUUCAAUCAGCUUUCUUCUUUCACUGUUUCACUCUUACUAAGACAACUCUAAAAAUCAUUUCUUCUUCUUCUUCUUCUCCUUCUACGCUUCAACAGUUAAGUCUAAGAUCAAACCAAGCUUUAGUAGGUCCGAUUCCACCACAAAUCUCUUCACUAAAAUCUCUUGAAAUCCUUACAUUGUCACAAAACCAACUGCACGGAGAAAUCCCAGUGGAAGUCUUUAGUUUACCAUCUCUUAUACAUCUUGAUUUAAGCUACAAUUCUCUCCUUGGAACUAUUCCCAACCAAAUGGGUAACCUUAGAAACCUUGUAGGACUUGACUUGAGUUAUAAUUCACUUUCUGGCACAAUCCCUACGACAAUUGGAAACUUGGAUCUACUUCAAAAACUCGAUUUAAGCUCAAAUUCGCUUACCGGAGCCGUUCCGGAAACUGUAGAGAAGCUCAAGCUGUUGGCAUUUCUUGCUCUUAGCAAUAACAGAUUUAAAGGGAAAUUUCCGAAAGGAAUAACCAAGCUAGAGAGCUUAGAGUACUUAUUAAUGGAUGGUAAUUCAAUGUUCAUGUCACUGCCAAAUGAGCUCGGGAAUUUAGUGAAGUUGCAGGAACUUAGACUUGGUAAUUCAGGUUAUUCCGGGGAGAUUCCGACAAAUUUUUCUCGUCUUAUGAAUCUGAGUACAUUAUCACUUGAGAAUAACAGAUUAACAGGUGAGAUUCCAGUUGGUUUGAGUAAUUUAUCUCAUAUAUAUCAUUUGAAUUUGAGUAGGAAUAUGCUAAGUGGCGUUGUUCCUUUUAAUAAUGGUUUCUUGAAGAGGUUAGGAAGAAAUCUUGAUUUAAGUGGAAAUCCAAAACUUUGUUUAAACGCGUCUCAAGAUGGUGUGAAGAUUGGUACUGUCAAUGUCUGUGGAUCAAGUAGCAAAAAUGGUUAUCUUAUUCAACAACCAUUCAGGAAAUCUGAUGCUUCUCCAUGUGCUUCUUUCAGUUUAUUUAGUUUUAUUACUGUUUUGGGAAUUUAUCAGACAUUAUUUUAGUUUGGGAACUUUCUAUUAUUAUAUAUUAUAUACCGUCUUUGUGUGUGUGGAAUUUGUGGAUGUCAUGGAACUUGCCUGGUUUUCUGUAGUUUUCUCUGCAACUUCAGGCUUUCUUCCUUCCCUGCGAGUUUCGUAACUUUGAUUUUUUAAGUCGAGUUUAAUACAAAUUUUUUUGCAAAGUUUUCAGCUAAGUUUAGCAGUUUUGAUUCCCUAAACUGUAUUAAUGUUGAAUAAUUUGUCUCUAGCAGUAUAUUUGUUAGA